AGGGCUGGCUUUCUCUCGCGCCUUAUUCAGGUUCUCAGAGGCUAGCUGAGGCCGGACUGUUGCUUUUCUGCUCGAGAACGUCACGCCUUCUUCCCGGAAUUUGGAAUCGAGUGAGUUUUCUGACUUUUGAGCGCAGGACCAGGGAUUACUUGGAGAGAAAACUGGUCCUAGAGGAACUGGACUGACCAGAGAAAUGAGUCCUGCAGAUGCCCUUGAUGAUGAAAAUACAUUUAAAAUCUUAGUUGCAACUGACAUUCAUCUGGGAUUUAUGGAGAAAGAUGCAGUCAGAGGAAACGAUACAUUUGCCACACUUGAUGAAAUUUUAAGACUUGCCCAGGAAAAUGAAGUGGAUUUUAUUUUAUUAGGUGGUGAUCUUUUUCAUGAAAAUAAGCCCUCAAGAAAAACAUUACAUAGCUGCCUCGAGUUAUUAAGAAAAUAUUGCAUGGGUGAUCGUCCUGUACAGUUUGAAAUUAUCAGUGAUCAGUCAGUCAACUUUGGUUUUAGUAAGUUUCCAUGGGUGAACUACCAAGAUGACAAUCUCAACAUUUCAAUUCCAGUGUUUAGUAUUCAUGGCAAUCAUGAUGAUCCCACAGGGGCAGACGCACUCUGCGCUCUGGAUGUUUUAAGUUGUGCUGGAUUUAUAAAUCACUUUGGACGUUCAAUGUCUGUGGAGAAGAUAGACAUUAGUCCAGUUUUGCUUCAAAAAGGAAGCACAAAAAUUGCUCUUUAUGGCUUAGGAUCUAUUCCAGAUGAAAGGCUGUAUCGAAUGUUCCUCAAUAAAAAAGUAACAAUGUUGAGACCAAAAGAAGAUGAGAACUCUUGGUUUAAUUUAUUUGUCAUUCAUCAGAACAGGAGUAAACAUGGAAGUACUAACUUCAUUCCAGAACAAUUUUUGGAUGAAUUCAUUGAUCUCGUUAUCUGGGGCCAUGAACACGAGUGUAAAAUAGCUCCAACCAAAAAUGAACAACAGCUCUUUUACAUAUCACAGCCGGGAAGUUCAGUGGUUACUUCUCUUUCUCCAGGAGAGUCUGUAAAGAAGCAUGUUGGUCUGUUGCGGAUUAAAGGAAGGAAGAUGAACAUGCAGAAAAUCCCUCUUCACACGGUGCGGCAGUUUUUUAUGGAGGACAUUGUUCUGGCUGAUCAUCCAGACAUUUUUAACCCAGAUAAUCCUAAAGUAACCCAAGCCAUACAGAGCUUCUGUUUGGAGAAGAUUGAAGAAAUGCUUGAAAAUGCUGAACGGGAACGUCUGGGAAAUCCUGGACAGCCAGAUAAGCCUCUUAUACGACUGCGAGUGGACUACAGUGGAGGUUUUGAACCUUUCAAUGUUCUUCGCUUUAGCCAGAAGUUUGUGGAUCGAAUAGCUAAUCCAAAAGAUGUUAUCCAUUUUUUCAGGCGUAGAGAACAAAAGGAAAACACAGGAGAAGUGAUCAACUUUGGGAAGUUCAUUUCAAGACCUUCAGAAGGAACAACUCUAAGGGUAGAAGACCUUGUAAAACAGUAUUUUCAAACUGCAGAGAAGAAUGUGCAGCUCUCACUUCUAACAGAAAGGGGAAUGGGUGAAGCAGUACAAGAAUUUGUGGACAAGGAAGAGAAAGAUGCUAUAGAGGAAUUAGUGAAAUACCAGUUGGAAAAGACACAGCGAUUUCUUAAAGAACGUCAUAUUGAUGCCCUAGAAGAUAAAAUUGAUGAAGAGGUACGUCGUUUCAGAGAAAGCAGACAAAAAAAUACUAAUGAAGAAGAUGAUGAAGUUCGAGAGGCCAUGACUAGAGCCAGAGCCCUCAGAUCUCAGGCAGAGGACUCUGCUUCCGCCUUUAGUGCUGAUGACCCUAUGAGUGUAGAUUUGUCAGAACAGACAGCUGAUGACUCUGAUGAUAGCAUCCCAGCAGCAGCCAACAAAGGAAGAGGCCGAGGAAGAGGCAGAAGAGGAGGAAGGGGGCAGAAUUCAGUGUCAAGAGGAGGGUCUCAGAGAAGAAGAGCAGGCACUGGUCUGGAGACUUCUACUCAAAGCAGAAGUUCAAAGGCCACUAUGUCAACAUCUAGAAAUAUGUCUAUUAUGGAUGCCUUUAAAUCUACAAGACAGCAGCCCUCACGAAAUGUUGCUACUAAGAAUUAUUCAGAGGUGAUUGAGGUGUCUGACUCAGAUAUGGAAGAAGAUAUGUUUCCCACCACUUCAAAAACAGACCAAAAGUGGUUGAACACAUCAUCAUCAAGCAAAUGUACGUCCCAGAGCCAAACAGCUAAAGGGGUCGAUUUUGAAUCAGAUGAGGAUGACGAUGAUCCUUUUUUGAACAUUAGUUCUUCAAGAAGAAACAGAAGAUAAUAUAUUUAAUGCUACUUUGAAGUUUUCCAUAUUCAGGAAAAAUCAAAACAUUGCAAGCUAAGAGUUUACAGUGGAAGAUUUUUAAAGUAUCGCUGUUAACAGAAUUCGAAAGAGACAUACUUAACAGAGAAACUCAUGUGCGAGAAUUUCAAUUGUUGAGUGUCAUUUCCUGAACAUGGCUCCCAUUACUUGAGAAACUUCCCAACUCAAGGACAUAUAAAAUAGCCUCGGCUGCCCUCAUUUUAAAUCUGGUUGUUAACGUUACUUGGGGGUGCUCUAUAAAAUUUAGACUGUUACUUUCCUGACAUAUAUUAGUGUAUGUCUUCCUGAGACCUUUGCUUAAAUAUUAAUCUGGAAUAAGGGUUAAAAUAAAUAUGCCGUUAUACGUUUCUGCUUCACAGUCAAAGACUACGUCAGUAUUUUAAUGCAGUUAUAUUUAGCCACAGCUGAGAAAAAGAGUCUAUAAAAUUUUACCUCUUUAUAAUUGUAAUAAUUUCUAGAGAUUCUCGAUUUGCUGAAGGUAAAAGAAUCUGUGUGAAACUGUGCCUGAGCUGGUUUGUUACUGAGUAUGUGUUCUUCUAAUGCUUGUGAUAAUAUUAGCCACAGAGACUUUGAAUGAUUAAGAUGCACCUUAUAUUUUGAGUAGAUAGAAUUUUGUAUUAAAAAAAGCGAACAAUCA